AUGGUUCCUCUCCUCCUCUCCUCUCCUCCUCUCCUCAUCCUCUCAUCCGGCGGGUUGUAAGGGGGCGGGGCUACAGAUCGAGGAAGAGAUGCGAGCGCGAGGCCGUCAGGAGGAAGCUCAGAUCACCAAAUGACAGGAAGCAUCUCAUCUGAUCUCCAGAUAGCCUCGAGCCAGACUCAACAUCCAGGCGGCGCGCGGGGCUGGACAUCAGGAUUUAUUAACCGGGGUUUGAUUUCCUCCUGAUCCUCAUAUCAGAGGAAACCGUCUGCCUCCGCCCCUGCUGACCCACAGAGUAAACAGAUGGAGAAACAGGCCGGAGCUGGCGGGGCGGCGGACGGAGCAGGGCCGAGUAGAAAGCUUUGGGGCUCGCCGACCGGAGGACCAGCCGCCGGGGAGACGCUGGACAGUCCAACAGGUUCACAUGUAGAGUGGUGUAAACAGCUGAUAGCAGCCACCAUCUCCAGUCAGAUCUCAGGACCAGUCCCAUCUGACAUUGCGAACAGGGAAAACAAGGCUAGGAGAAGACCAGAUUUCAUGGUGUCCAAACGGCUGACAGCUCCCAGGCAAGAUUCACAAGAUGAAGGGCUUUGUUACCAUGGAGAAAGUGAUUCUGAGCAUUCUUCCAAUGCUUCGAACCUUCCAGCUUUGAGAUACGGGGCGCAGGUCAUAAUGUCCCAGAACCAGGUUCCUCUGCUUCCCGGAGAGACCAUCCAGACUACAGUCAAGGAUGUGAUGUAUAUCUGUCCAUUCAGUGGUCUGGUUAAUGGAACCCUGACCAUCACAGACUACAAGCUCUACUUCACCACUGUGGAAAAGGAGUCUCCAUUUGUUCUCGAUGUAAACCUGGGAGUCAUCAGCAGACUGGAGACCAUCAGUGUCCCCAACCAGGGAGAGAACACCAAAGGCCUGGAGCUGGUCUGCAAGGACAUGAGGAGUCCCAGGUUCGCCUAUAAGACAGAGGAAAGCCAUCCGGACGUGGUGGAGCUGCUCGCCAAACAUGCCUUCCCCCUCUCCCACGGCCUGCCCCUGUUUGCCUUCCUGUACAAGGAGCAGUUUCCUGUAGAUGGCUGGAAGGUGUACGACCCAACAGCAGAGUACAGACGCCAGGGCCUCCCCAAUGAGAGCUGGACCAUCAGUAAGAUGAACAGCACCUAUGAGCUGUGUGACACCUAUCCCUCCAUCCUGGUCAUCCCCACCAACAUCACAGAAGAAGACAUCAAACGGGUGGCUGUGUUCAGAGCCAAGCACCGAAUACCGGUCCUGUCCUGGAUUCACCCAGAGACUCAGGCCACCAUCAUACGCUGUAGCCAGCCGCUAGUCGGACCUUCAGACCGCCGCUGUAAAGAGGACGAGCGAUUCCUCCAAAUCAUCAUGGAUGCAAAUGCCCAGUCCCACAAGCUCACCAUCUUUGAUGCCCGGCAGAGUAGUGUAGCAGUCACCAACAAGGCAAAGGAUGGAGGGUAUGAAAGUGAGAGUUUCUACCCAAACGUGGAGCUGAACUUCCUGGAAAUCCCCAACAUCCAUGUGAUGAGGGAGUCCCUGAGGAAGAUGAAGGACGUGGUUUAUCCCACCAUAGAUGAAGCUCACUGGCACUCUGCCAUUGACCAGACACACUGGCUCGAGUACAUACGGCUGUUAUUAGCAGGAGCAGCUAAGGUGGCUGAUAAGCUGGAGUCUGGGAAGACGUCGGUGGUGGUUCACUGCAGUGACGGCUGGGACCGGACGGCCCAGCUCACCUCUCUGGCCAUGCUGAUGCUGGACAGCCACUACAGGACUCUGAGAGGAUUCCAGGUUCUGGUGGAGAAGGAGUGGAUCAGUUUUGGACACAAGUUUGCUGCUCGUGUGGGUCACGGUGAUGAGAACCACGCUAACUCGGAGCGCUCGCCUCUCUUCAUCCAGUUCAUCGACUGCGUGUGGCAGAUGACUCGACAGUUCCCAGCAGCCUUUGAGUUCAAUGAGCUGUUCCUGAUCACAGUGCUAGACCACCUCUACAGCUGUCUGUUUGGAACAUUCCUCUAUAACAGUGAACAGGAGAGGGCAGCCAAGGAGGUGCAGACCACCACUGUGUCCCUGUGGUCCUACAUUAACAGCCAGCCAGAGGACUUCACCAACCCCUUCUAUGUGGACUAUGAGCACCAUGUUCUGUAUCCGCUGGUUUCCUCCAGACAUCUAGAGCUGUGGACCGGUUACUACGCCCGCUGGAACCCACGCAUGAGACCACAGGUGCCGGUGCACCAGACGCUGAAGGAGCUGCUGUUCCUGAGAGCGGAGCUCCAGAGGAGGGUGGAGGAGCUGCAGAGAGACGCCACCUCCCACUCCCUGUCCUCCUCCUCUGAACACUCCCCCGCACACUCCACAGGCACUCCCCUCCACACCGCUGUGUGACACACACACACACACACAUUCUUGUACUUCUAUCUUUGUGAGGACCCUCAUUGGAAUAGUGAAUUCCCUUGCAAGGUUAUAAUAGUUUUGGAUUUUUCAUCAGUUUUAGUUUUAAUUUCGAUGUGAACUUUUGUUUUCAAAUUCAGUUAGUUUUAAUGAGUUUCUAGAGUGAAUUUGCUCGUUUUAGUUUAGUUUUUUUUUUUUUUAUUCUUUAGUUUUAGUUUAGUUUUUCUUAGUUGUAGUUUUUUGUAAUGGGGUAUUUGUUGGGUGGGAGAUUAAAAGAGGUCACAGUAAAUUUUGACUUUAUUUCCUUUGUAUGAAAAAAGUUGACAAAGACGAAAACGAAGGACAUUUUCACUAUAAUUUUAGUUAGUUUUGUAACCACACAAUACAGUUUCAGUUAAUUAUCAUUAUCAUGUAACCUUCACCCUUAAAACAAAGUCUGAAAUCUCAAAAAAGCCUUUAAAGAAGUGAGGACCGGCCGAAAUGUCCUCACUUUGCAAAAAUGUCCUCACUCUGUUGGUUAAAAACGGGUUCUGGUCCUCACUAUGUAGGAAGUACAAGAACACACACACACACACACACACACACACACACACACACACUUUAAUGCACGUUUUAGCCCAGUUACUACAAAUCCUGAUGUUUACAAUGUGAAGGAAGCUUUACAGACAGGUUAACAUUCAUAAAUACAUUUUAGCAAGUAAAACCUCCUUAAGAUGUCUAUAAAGUAAAAAAAAAAAAAAAGUAUUUAAAGAAAAUAUAAAAAAACUAGCCUGAUACAUCAUCUGUGCUUAUUAUUUAUGUUAUUUAAGAAAUUCUCCCGACUCAGAAAGACCAGCGUCUGUACUGUGGGAAUGUUACAUUGAACUGAAGGGCAUUGAAGUUUUUGUAUGAAGAAUCGUCUCAGGUCAGUCAGUCACACGUUACACAUGACACACUUUCUCUUCCUUUACUUUGCUUCGUCAAGAUUAAAGUCAUUGUUAUGAGCAUACACUACUGGUCAGAAGUUUUAGAACGCACCAGCUUUUCCAGAAUUUAAUUGAAAAUUAUACAGUUUAAUGUCUCAGUGUACUCUGAAAUUAAUGCACAUUUGCAACAUUUAAAAUUCUUUAUUGAGCAUGAUAGUGUUUUGAAAGUAAAAAAAAGAUUCAAAAUCACAUUUUAUGUUGGACUAAAGGACUAAAAAAAGACACAAAAUGACUAAUAAAAGACACAAAAUGAAAAAAAAGACACAAAAUGACUAAAAAAAGACACAAAAUGACUAAUAAGACACAAAAUGACAAAAAAAGACACAAAAUGACUAAAAAAAGACACAAAAUGACUAAUAAAAGACACAAAAUGACAAAAAAAGACACAAAAUGACUAAAAAAAGACACAAAAUGACAAAAAAAGACACCAAAAGACUAAAAAAAGACACAAAAUGACUAAUAAAAGACACAAAAUGACAAAAAAAGACACCAAAAGACACAAAAUGACUAAAAAAAGACACAAAAUGACCAAAAAAAGACACAAAAUGACUUACAAAGACAUGAAAAGAAUUAAAAAAUGGACAAAAUAGCCCAAGACUCCAUAGAGUUAAGUUGUUAACCCAUUUCUUGUUCCCUGAAAAAGGCCUACUUGUAUAAUUCUGAAAUGUACAUUAUUUUUCAGUUUUGGUUAAGCUUACCUUUUUUUAUUUACCUCUGGCAGUUCAACACUUACCUUUGUACCCUUUCAAGCUGUUCAUUUGACUUCAACUGCUUGAAUUUCAAUAAAAAACUGGAAAAAUUGGGGUGUUCUAAAACUUUUGACCGGUGGUGUACAUCUCAACAUUUAUCAAGUGGAGAAAUAUGAAAUGAAUCUAUUUUUUUUGGGAAUAGAAGUCACGGAUGACAAGAAUCACCACAAUGAUGACAUUUUUAGCUGCCUCCCACCUGCACACACUGCCACUAAAUCUGCCCUCUACAUUACCUGGACACUGCCUUACUGUCAUCUUUUCCUGUAUUUAUAUAAAAACUGUCUUUUUCUAUUUUUCUUUCUAUACAUUGCUGUUUUCAUGUGAUGUCAACCCAACAACUUGUCCUUUUAAUGUCACUUUUCUCUCCAACCUACAUGUCUGUUUGUAGAGCUGGGCCCAGAGUGUCUCACUGUGUGGAUUCAUUGGCUCAAAGCAGCAAGUUUAUUGCACAGUGUUACUAUAAUUAUGAUUUUUACAUGAGAAAAUAUUGUUAUAUUUUAUUACAGAUCACAUUUCACAAUAAAAAAAGUACAUGAACAAAUAUAAACAAUCUAAAGUGAGUGUGAGAUACAAAAGAGAUAUGAACAUGUUUGGUCAGUUUCUAAAAUGAUUAAAGCACAGUUGAUUUCUGUCAGUUUCUGUGAAUCCGGCAUUCAAAUUUCUACAUUCAACUCAAUCUGUCAAGUUAAAUGUGCUUUAUGAGAGCUUUAGGCAGGUUCCACUGUCAUUAUAAAAUAAGAUACAUAAGAUAUAUAUAGAUUAUAUAUUUUUAUUGUUUCUUCCAAAAUUUAAAACCCAUUUUUAUUCACUGGCUUUUAACUCAACAUGAGCCUUUGUUCUGUUUUUAUUUGUUUUUAUUUGUUCUUUGUGGUUUUUUAAAAUUACGAUUAAUUUUAAAAUUAAGACUAAUUUUAAAAUUGAGAUUCAUUUUAAAACCCACUUUUAUUUAUUGGUUUUUACCCAGCAUGAGACUCGCUUUGUUUUAGUUGUUUUUGCUUGUUUUGUUUUUAUUGUUGGUCUGUCGUAAAGUUGAUUUGAUUUGAGUUGAAAAUUCGAGAAGAAAAAACAGCUUGCCAAUUAUUAUUAUUAUAAAAAUUCAUACAUUUAUAUUAAUACAGCCUAAAUGAUCAAAAUGUUCAAAGCCAAAAAUAUCCUCAGUGAGCCUCAAGGGGUUAAGCUUUAGCAGUGCAAACACACCUGCCAAUUAUGGAAACAAUCACAUGAUCAGCACUCAGCCAAAAAUAUAAGUGCUGAUCAUUGUGCCUUUAUUUUGAAGGGUUAUUCACAAUAACCUAUUUAAAGAUUUUUUUUUUUUUUUAAUCAAUCAAUGUGUUCCAAGAACCAUAUUAGCUGAAGGAGAAUUAACAGGAUAACUUUAGCUGGCUAACAUCUUGGAUUACUUAAACCAGGAGUGUCAAACUCUGGCCCGCGGGCCAAAUUUGGCCCGCAGUGUAAUUUUAUUUGGCCCGCGAGGCAAUACCAAAUUAUUAUAUUAUUAUUGUACUACAAAAGCGGACCCACGGGUAAAAGGUUUAUUUGAUUUUAUUCAAGCUUUAAAUUUUGUCCCCCCUGUGUAUUUGAGUUUGACACCCCUGACUUAAACCACAUUAAAAGAAGAAGGCCCAGACAGCACACAGCAGGUUUAACCCUCACACCUCUGUCCUGUUUUUUGUCUCAUCAGUCGACAUGUGUUGUAUUUUAAUGUGAUGCUCUGAUACAUCACAGUGUAGCUGUGGCAUGUGUUUUAUGUAAAUAAUGUGUCUAAUUAUGACAAGUUAAACCUCCUAAUGAUCACUUCUGACAUUCCAUUUUAAAAAAAAGAAUAAAAAAGGAAGAAUUCAAAA